AUGACGCCACUAGAUGUUGCCAAAUCUAAAAAUCAGGGAAAAUGUCCAGCAGCAUACAGGGUUGCAAGGGACAGACUUGAAAUGCUAUCUGAGGCACAAGAUAGCUUGCGCAAGGCUCAACGGCGCAUGAAGAAGUAUGUUGAUCAACAUCGUCGCUCAGUUGAGUUUAAUAUGGGUGACAAGGUGUUAUUGAAACUUACCCCACCAAUCUGGAAACAGAUUGUAAGUAAGACCAGACAUCGGUGUUUGAUUCCUAAGAAUGAUGGUCCAUUCGAAGUGGUGAAACGAGUGGGCGAAGUUGCUUAUAGGUCAAAGUUGCCAGAAAGGUUGAAAAUUCAUCCCAUUUUCCUUGUGAAUUUCUUGAAACCUUACUUUGCAGAUGCAUAUGAUCCAGACAGAAAUAGGUCAAAGAGGGCUCCUCCAUCAGUACCUACACAGUAUGAUGCUGAAAUUGAGAAAAUCCUUGAUCACCGGGGUUUGGGCACAAGUAAGAAGAAUACUAAGACCGCAUUCUUGGCUCAUUGGAAAGGAAAGAGUGCAGCUGAUGCAGUUUGGGAGAAGGCAAAAGACUUAUGGCAUUUUGAUGCUCAAAUCGAGGACUAUCUUAAAACAGUCUCGAUGAGGACAUCGAGUACAAGUGGUGCGAGUGGUCUAUUAGACCCGCAAACUACUUGA